AUCCCCAUGCUGGCAGAGGAUACAGACACACAAAUACGCCCACGGACAUGGCAGGAAGAGAAUAUGGACCUCACGUAUGAAAAAUGUCUGUUUCGCCAUGAAGUUGCUCUUCCUCCUUGAUGGAGUUGCGGUCUCUGCCUUUUAUCUCAUUGGCAACGUUCUCACGAAUCCUUCAUUCUCCCUCCAAGUUACGCUAAUGAGUCUGGCCCACUUAUACAAUAAGAGGCUUUUAUACACGGUUAAUCGCUCCCCGAAUCCCAUCAACGUCCCUUGUUGUGCAUUUUCGCUGAGCCAAAUCUCCUUGGCCGCUGCUCUGUCUUUGUUCCAUCCUCUUUUUGUACUUUUCUUCCAUGGGAAUCCCUUCUCUGGUUUGGGUUGACCUCAUUAUGCAGCUCUCCUGAGCAAUGCCCCGGGACGGCCUAAUCCCAACCCAGUGUUGCUAACAGGAUGUUUGUCAGGAGUUUUCGUUGAUUCUCUCCAGUCCUACUAGCUUCCCUGCAGCCUGCCUGUGUAAACGUUCCUCACUCUUGGUUUCAGGAUCUCCUACACAGAUCUUCCUCGAGUAUCUUGGCAUCCUUUGGGCUAAAUUGGAGUGCAAAGAUGACAGCAAUGUCCCAGACGGGCACCUUCAGGCCUCUUUCGGAAGAGGAACAGGCUUUGCGUACUAAACUCGAGCGACUGACCACCAGCGACCACGGUCCUGUGUUUGGGAAGCCCGAGAAGAUCCCCGCACACACCUUGCAGAAGGCUAAAGAUGAAUUGAACGAGACCCUAGAGAAACGUGAGUUAGCAGUGAAAGAGCUUCACGAACUUAUCCAAGAGAAAGCUAAAGAUGGAGAAGACAUUUGCAAAGCAGUUGCUGAGAAAAUGCAGGGGAGGGAAGAUGCUUUUCUCCUCCGUUUCUUACGUGCCCGCAAGUUUGAUAUCAACAGAGCUUAUGAUUUGGUUAAAGGUUACGUCAACUUCCGCCAGCAGUAUCCAGAACUCUUUGAAAACCUGGUCCCCGAGGCUGUACGGAGUACCAUCGAGGCUGGCUACCCUGGCAUCUUGUGCAACAGGGAUAAAUACGGUCGGGUGGUGCUGCUGUUCAACAUAGAGAACUGGGAUUAUGAAGAAAUCACAUUUGAUGAGAUCCUCCGUGCCUACUGUGUGAUCUUGGAGAAGCUGCUGGAGAAUGAAGAAACUCAAAUCAAUGGCUUCUGUAUCGUUGAAAACUUCAAGGGAUUCACCAUGCAGCAAGCCUACGGCAUCAAGCCUUCGGAACUGAAAAAAAUGGUGGACAUGCUACAGGAUUCCUUUCCAGCUCGAUUCAAGGCCAUUCAUUUCAUUCACCAGCCUUGGUAUUUUACCACUACUUACAACAUUGUCAAACCCUUCCUGAAGAACAAGCUCCUGGAAAGGGUCUUUGUGCACGGGGACGAACUUGACACCUUCUUUCAAGAGAUUGAUGCUGAUAUAUUGCCAGCUAAUUUUGGAGGCAACCUGCCCACAUACGAUGGCAAGAUGAUCGCCGAGAAGCUUUUUGGGAUCUGGACGGACACCGAAGACACAACUCUCUAAAAAUGGACCCCUGAGGUGGAAGAUCAGCCUCAGCUUUUCUUGGAAAUGCAGUGCAGAUAGUUCUCGAUGUAUAACCACAAUUAGGACCAAAAUUUCCACCGCUAAGCCAGGCGGGUUAUUUGAGUGAGCCGUAACUGAUUUUAUAAUCUUUUUUUUUUUUUGCCGUUAAGUGAAUCACAGUUGUAAAGCAAAUCUGCUUUCUCUCGCUGACCGGUCAGAAGCUGUCUGGGAAGGUCACACAGGAUGAUCCUGUGACACCAGAAUGCUGCAAACCCAUGAUAAAUACAGCCAGUUGCCAAGUUGCACAAAUUUUGAUUGUGUGACCCUGGGGAUUGCUGUAGCGGUCACAAAUGUGAGGAAUGGUCAGUGUCGUGGUAACUUCAAAUGAUUGCUAAAUGAAUGUCCGUAAGUUGAGGAUUACCUGGAUUGAUGGCACCAUACCGAUUGUGAUCAUAAGCUCCACUUCUGUCUCUUUCAUUCCUCGUUUUCACUCUCUCAGUCACCAAAGGCAGAGCCCCCCCCCACACAAAAACUCAUACAUUAGCAUCUUUUGUCUUAAAAGAAAAACACAAUAACAAAGUUUUCAAUGAUACAAUCUGAUUGAUUGAUAUUUCCUAAAUUCCCAGAGGUAUGAUAUUUUCACGUUUUCCUACUAUUUUUUAGGCUCCUAUUAUUACUAAUCCUAUUUUUUCUUUUUGCAUUGAGCACUACAAUUGUCUUUUUCUGACAUAAAAGCAUGUUAGCUACUAAUACAAAAAAAAACCCCUUAAUCUGUUUGUAAGUUCUUGGCUGAUUUUAUCAGAAAUCUGACACAGCACAGGUGCUGUGCUAUGUUAUUUCACUUCAUGCUUCCUAAACUGGAAACAUACAAAAAGUUGAAUUACACUGCAAUGUUUCCAAUCGAUCAUAAAUGGCAAGCUAAAUUAAAUAUGUAAAAUGGCAAAUUAUCUAUCUUCAAGAUCAUCCCUCUAAACAUUCAACAUUUAUCACCCUUAAAAUGGGAGCAUCUGUUGGUUACCACUUACCAGAGGUUUAUGGUAUUCUAAUUGCAGACACAAUAAACAAUAAACUAUUUCAGGUUAAAAUUUGUUCGUUCAAUAUGCAUAUUUAACAGAGACUGAUUAUUUGCAGCAGUUAAGUGUCUCUACCUGAAAUAACAUCAAUGUACUUGGUUCUGCAACCCAAUAACAAUUAUGCAUUUGUUUGUUUUUGUUAGUUUGACCUCUGGGGAAAAAUAAGGCAUACAGGAAAUCUAAAUUCCAAGUCCACUUAUUCCUAUCCAAGUAAAGAGAAAUAAUGAGACACAAUCCUCAUUGCGAACUCAGUUAAGGUCUUUAUUUUUUUUUUCUAAGCAAAGAAAUUCCAUUGAAUCAAAUAACAAAAUUACUGUUUUGAUUGAUCACACACAGAACAAAAACCAAAAGAAAUAUAUCAAGGACACACUUUUCUAAACUGGAAAGAUUAGCAGAUUUAGAAAAAAAUUGCAUUGCUAGUUGCAAAAACUUCAUCCUGCAGACAGCCAGUCCCACAACGAACCGGUAGUGAGGAUCACACACAUACACAAAUUCCCCAGGGCAGCAUUGUUAUUUGUAAAGGAAUUUGGGAUUGUGGAAGUAAGGGUUCCCAAAACUGGUCUUGGAAUCCAAAAUUGCCAAUAAAAUAAAGUAGAAUUGAAGUCCAACAGCCUUUUUUUAAAAAAAAAAAA